AUUUUGAAGUGCUGUCAGCCGCGGCUUCCGGUUGUGUGAAAGCAUGCUCGUCAUUGAGCGCAGCUGUUUAUGGUCUUCUUCAGGUUUAUUCGUACGACCUGCACACUUUUAAAUACUUCAUCUCAUACACGAAACUUAUUUAAGAGUGUCAUCAUGUGUAAAGAGCUGAAGACGAGAGUCCUGCGGAUUCCACCUCUCGACUCAGAGGAUCUGACGUCACAGCAGCGCGAGUGUGUUCUGGAGGCGCUGAGGUCCACGUCAGAGGCUCUGGGGAAUGGGCAGGUCGUGGCUCUGCCCACCGACACCAUCUACGGCCUGGCCUGUGUGGCCCAGAACUCCUCCGCCGUACGAAGGGUUUACGACAUCAAGGGCCGGAACGGGGACAAGCCUCUCGCCAUCUGUGUCGGGGAAGUGCAGGACAUAUACAGGUUCUGCCGUGUGUCUGUGACGGAGGAUCUGCUGUCGGAUCUGCUGCCGGGACCCGUCACACUCGUUCUGGAGAGAUCACACACACUGAACGCCGAUCUCAAUCCCUUCACUAAGCUCAUAGGGGUCCGUAUCCCAGAUCACCCGUUCAUGAGACGGCUCUGUCAGAUGUGUGGCGAACCCCUCGCGCUCACCAGCGCUAACAUCAGCACUCACACCAGUACGGUUGCUGCUAGCGAAUUUGAGGAUCUGUGGCCCAGUCUGGCGGUGGUGGUGGACGGAGGCCCGAUUGGACAUCAGAACCGCUUGGGUUCGACGGUCGUGGAUCUGUCCGUGUGUGGCCGAUACCGGAUCAUCAGACCGGGAUGCGCUCUCUCGGCUACAGUGAAAGUCCUCGAGGGCAAGCAUGGACUCCUGGAGGAUCCCGGCGAUCCGUGAGUUUCAGAGCGGAGGGUCGAAGCGGCCAUGAAGAAGAGCUUCUCUGAACCGGCUCU